AUGGCGCCGCUCGCUCGCCGGCCGAUGCAGCACAUUGACCGCAGAGAGCUGUACACCAGCCUGGAAUGCCGGGUCCAAUAUCUGCACUCGUUUCUCGAUUUCAGUUCACGUGACAUUGAAGCCCUCAUCACAGGAGCCAAAUACAUAAAAGUUCUUAUUCCAGCUGUUGUCAAUAUCGUCUACAAGAAGCUUCUCCAAUACGACAUCACAGCCCGCGCUUUUGAAACACGGUCAACAUCGUACGAAGGCCCCGUCGACCCGAACUUGAACGAGAACUCACCGCAAAUCUUACACCGGAAGUUGUUCCUCCGAGGGUAUCUGAACAAGCUGUGCAGUGACCCGAGUAAGAUGGAGUUCUGGGAGUACUUGGACAAAGUGGGCAUGAUGCACGUUGGCCAGGGACGCGUACAUCCCCUGCACGUGGAAUACGUGCACAUUGGGGUUACGCUGUCGUUUAUACAAGAUGUGCUCAUGGAGGCUAUUCUGAGUCACCCGAGGAUGAAGAUGGACCGCAAGAUUGCCCUGGUCAAGGCGCUGUCAAAGGUGAUUUGGAUCCAGAACGAUCUCUUCGCUAAAUGGUACGUGCGAGACGGUGACGAAUUUGCCGAGGAGAAGCUGGUGCCUGAGAUUGAACCUGAGGGAUAUCUGCAUGGGAAGAAGAUCCUGCACGAUGGAAGUGAGAGUGAGGAUGAGGUGGAAGAUUCGGAAAUAGCGGUGGGCUCGUGUCCGUUCAAGAACUUGGCUAUGCCGUCGAGUGGAACCGCGAACGCAGACAGUGCAUUACGGAAUGGGAUCAAGGGAAUGAGCCUCGACGGGCCCGCAUCAGCACAUCAUGCUAACUCUCCUUCAAUACCCGGACCUACAUCGCCCAAGUCUGACGGGUCUGCUCAUAACCGGAUACCACGAGCUGUCGGCAGCGGUACAUGA